GCAAAAAUUCAAGGCAUGAAAAAUGCUGUUCCCAAGAAUGAUAAAAAGAGACGAAAACAGUUGGCUGAUGAAGUUGCCAAACUAGAGGCAGAACUUGAACAGAAGCACAAGGAGGAAUUAAAGCAGCUGAAGGAAGCUUUACCUGAGCAGAAUAAGACAGAAUCUAUAGCUGAUGGGGUUGCAAAUUUAGAGCUUGAAGGAGUAGAGCAACAGAUUCAGCAUCCUCGAAUAUCAAAAGCACAGAAGAGGCGGGAAAAAAAAGCUGCCUUGGAGAAAGAAAGAGAAGAAAGGAUAGCUGUAGCAGAGAUAGAAAAUUUAACGGGUGCUAGACAUCUUGAAAGUCAGAAACUUGCUUCCCUAUUGGCAGCAAGGCACUUAGAGAUCAAACAGAUCCCUUCAGAUGGCCAUUGCAUGUACAGAGCUAUUGAAGAUCAGCUCAAGGAUCACCAGAAUUCCUGGACUGUUGCAACUCUGAGGAACCAAACAGCAAAGUAUAUGCAAAGUCACUUUGAUGACUUCCUGCCGUUUCUUACAAACCCUAGUACUGGAGAUAUGUAUAGCAAAG